AUGAGUGAUAAACUGUUGGUACCUGAAAAUAUCAAGGAUGUGUUGGCGACGGCGCCAUUGCUUCACCUAAUACCGAAGCAAAAUGUUGUUCCCAUGGUGAAUCUACUGAUGUUAGCGCCUCAAAGUGACGCGUCUGUGUUUUCUGGAACAACCCCACUUGUUGAAAUAGGGGAGCUGGUGCUGGAAGAUUGGUGCUCAAAGGAUUUGCAAAUUGCGUGUCAGGAGGAAUUUCUUGAUUUCGUUGAUGAUGAGGUGGACCAUGUUGAGUUUAUGGUUUCUUCUAAGGAACAAGUGCUCAAUGAAGCAAAAUUUGAGUAUACAGACGAGUUUGAAGCUAGGGUCUUGGCAAGGGAAAAACUCGGGAAAACCCAGGUUCUUGUUGAGCAAGAUGAAUUUGUGCAAACCAGAAGGUUAUCACUACGAAAGAAAUAUCCAAUAGAUGACCCCGACUAUAUCCAGCGACAUAAGCUAAAGUAUUUUAAAAAGUUUGAAAAAGAAGCAUCAAAGGUGAGGAGCUUGAGUUUAGAAGAGGAGCCAAAAGAACCAAAAGAGCCAAAAGAACCAAAAGAGACAAAAGAGCCAAAAGAACCAAAAGAAUCAAAAGAGCCAAAAGAGGAACCGGUAAAGGUGGUUCACAUCCCGCAACAGUCUAUUGAAACACGACACAAGACGGAAAUGGGCAAGUUUGCUUUGUUUUUGAACAAAUCGCAGAAAAGUGAAGUUGAAGUAACUUGGGAACGCUUGGCUUCACUAUGUGAAACAUUGUCCAACCUAGGAGGAGGACGACAAUUACUGGCAAGUGAUACAAGAGAUUUAAUUUGCGUUCAGGAACUUUGUAAAACCAAUUUGAAGCUGACUUAUGAGACCUUGAGUAAAUGCUCCGUGUCCAACUUUGAAGAUUUCAAGUCUAAUUUGCCGCAAUUGUUGAAAUCGGUUUUUGGUAUAAAUUGUUUAUUGUUGAUUUUGAAAACGGCAGAUGUCAAGUAUAAAUACACUGAUAUUAUUAUUGAGAGCAUUGAGUUGAAUGUCUGUAAAUAUUUGUCCCCUCUCAAUGAUGAAUUAGUUGUGGUUUCAGAAAAAGACUGUUUGCAACAGUCUCAAACAGUUGUGACAGAGACAAGCAAUGCAUUAAAGUAUCUAGCAUCAAUCACGAAUCUACGACCGUUUGAUGAUAGUCAUUUGACGAAACUCGAGCUAACCUGUGUGGAAUUAGCAUUACUGGGGGAGGAGAAGGAUCAUCACAAUAACAACAACAACAACAACAAUAAUGAAGCUGUUGCUGCUAUACCACUGGAUGUACUUCCUGUUGCUGCUACGUCAUGUCUAACUUCCAUCUACAAAAAUCUACCUGAUCAGCAACCAUUUAUUUUGUUUGAAGUUUUGUCCUGUUUCCCAGCCUUAUCAGGAAAACGAAUUACUGCAAGAAGGUUCAAAGUCGAAAGAGGUUUUCAAACACAAUUAUUUACUGUUUUGUUGAAUAGUUUUGUAAAUUGCUCGGAAAACCCUUUGGGAAUAGCCAACCAUAUAGCAAUAGAGCUAAUCAAGCUGAUGCAAGAAAGUCCUACAACUAGGUCAGAGCAAUUUCUAAUUUUUGUAGAAGAUUUAUGGAAAUUGAGUUUUUUUCCAGAAUGGAUUGCUUCUGAGUUACUUUUAUUGAGCUGUAUGGCAGCAAGUUUGAAUAUAUUAAAAGAGUCAAAGAAUGAAUCUAAACCAGGUGAGCUACAAAUUUUUGAUUUUUUGAUAUCGUUUUCUGAAAGAAUCGUUAGAGCAGAAUUUACUGAAGAAAAGAUCGAUGAGAAAACGGCUCUCAAAAUCCUAGAAAAUUGUCUAGGCUUUGACAAGAGUAAUGCAUUUGCCUGUUUAAAGCUGAAAUUGACGUCGUCUGUUGGAUUUGCUAUUGAAGAUGAACUAACAACAAAAUCUAGGGAUAUGGUUAGUAAAACAUAUUCCUCAUUGGUAAUAGGAGAAUUGCGAUCCUUCUUAUAUAAAGAUUAUCUCGAGUUUAUUCAAGAGCUGCUUAAUUCAACAAAAGCCAAAACGAGAAGCAAAGCGAUUAAAGCAUUAUCAGUUUUAGCAGAAGACAAGCCGGCUGUGUUGUCCUCGAUGCAAGUUCAGAAAGCUUUAGCUAGUAGACUUCAAGAUCAAGCAACACUGGUGAGAGACGCUAUGCAUGAUUUCAUUAGCAAAUACAUCAAAUCUCAUCCAGUAGAAGGGGAAAGAUUAUUAAUUCCAUUAUUCAAAUCAUUGAGCGAUCCUAGUGUAUUAGUGCGGAAGAAAUGUAUUCGAGCAUGCGCAAGCGUUUAUACUCAACUCGAUAACGAGAAUAGAAGAAAGACGAGUUUGAAAAUAUUUGAAAAGUUGUCAGAUGAGGAGGACUCUGUUCGAGCAGAGGCUACUGAAGCACUAUUGCAUUUAUUCUUCAAUCCUACAAAUCCCGAUCAAAGAGGUGCGUCUGAUUGGAUAAAAGGAGCAGUUAGCCAUAACUUGGACAACUUGAGGAUGUUUCUCACCAACUCUGUGUUUUCGAAAACAGCAUUAACUAUACUAGUUUCAAAGUAUGUUGAUAUUGCUAUACUUGAGGUUAUAAAUGAUAUUGAUAUUGAUAAAGAUGAGGCUAUGAGAAUGGUGUCUGUUUUCACCACUACUAUGCCCUCAAUAAUUAACCAGGACAUGCUCGACCUGCUAAAACCAUUUUUGUUUGAAGAGACAAAUUUCUGGACUGAAGGGUAUAUAUAUGCUUUACGUGUUUUGAAAGUUGGAACCGAAACGCUUAAGCUGUUUAGAGGAACGUUUAUUGAAGAGGUGACGAAUUUCUUUUUCAAAAAAUUGCACAAUCUAACAAGGAGACAAUUGAUUUAUGUUGUUCCAACAUUGUAUGCAUUGACAAAGUACAGCAUGACUGAGUACAAAAUUGUAAAUGCUACUAUAUCAACAAUGAAUUUGAUCAAGAAGCAUUACACAUCAAAUGACCCAUUAAUCAUAAAUAUUCUCCUUCAGUUACUAUCAUUUCUUGGGAAAUACUGCCAUUUGGAAAGCUUAGAUUCCCAGUUCCAUGAGCGAAAAUUUUUGAAUCCUCAGGAGUCUAUUGUGACACUAAUGGUGAGGUACAUUAUGAUAUUUACUACUCCCAAAAAAGUGCCAAUUACAAUUAAACGGGUGGCGUAUCCCAGCAUUAUUGCUUGCACUUCAAGCUAUCCUCAUUACUUAUUAACUGACGCUGUUUUGAAUUUAUUAGACUCUGCGUUUGAAAGUGAGUCGGAUUUUGAACUCAAAAAGGGCAUGGUUGAAGAGCUUAAUACUUUUUUGAAAGAAAAUGGAAAAGGAGAGCAAGUAAUUACCGAUGUUCAACAUAAAGCGUGUAUAGUUCUCGUUGAAAGGUUUCUUGGUCAAAUAUUGAGGCUUUGUCUUUUGGAUGAUGGGUCGAUGGCGUUUAUGCCAUUUGGAUUUGUUAAAAUAGCCUUGGAUUUGGGUUUUGCAAAUCCUAUUGAAUGUACACCUACAUUAAUUGCGUUGCAAGGAUCGCCUAUCAUGCCAUUGCAGCGUGCGGCGAAUGAGCUAUACAAGAGUAUUUUUGACAAGUUCAGAUCAGUAGUUGAUUCGAGAUAUCAGGAUGGUUUGCGGUUAGCGUUUUCAUCAAAGAUGAUUGCACCUAAUUUUUUCCAAUUAUUGCACCAAGCGGCGCAUGAUUAUAAAGCAUCAAGAACUAAACUAAUUAAAGCAUUGACAAGGAUGCUAGUAUUGAAACCGGAAAGUUCCAACCAGGAACACGAAUUGAAAUUGUUGAUUUUUGUUAUUGAAAGAAUGGCUCGUUUACAAUUGAAAUCUGCUGAGGAAGUGAACAUUAUUACUCAGCAUUUGCAACCAGUAAUCCAGGCACAUGCAUCUGAUUUUCUAUUUGAUUUGAAAUCAAAGAGUGUUUCUGAUCAAAGAGAGAUGUUCAACUGGGCAUUGGGAAUAUACCUACUCAAAAAGUAUGAAACUUUUCUUUCCAGCCCAAUAAAAGAUGCUUUACCAUUAGCAUGGAUAUACAAUAAUAUUAAUGAAGAAUCAAACAUGUCUUUUCUAAUUGAGGAAGUGAAAAAAGUGAUAGAUGAAUAUUGA